AAUACGUGUGACGAAGCAACUGCAGAAACCUAAUCAAAAUUGAAGUUUCUAAAGAAUUUAAAUUGGAAAUUUUUAUCAAAGUCUGAGAGGUGUCACAGGUGACUCUUCUUGAUAAUCAUGAAGGUUUCAUUUCCAUGCGUUCUUAAGAUGAUGAGCACCGGGACGACACGCUCUGGGACGGUACGCUAAAUUAAACCUUGCAAGUUAAAUAGUAAUGCUACUAGAACUAGAACAAUGCUCUGUUUUUAAUAAUAAUAGCAGUCAGUUGCUUCGAGCAAUUUUUAGCCUACGAUGUAUAUACAUUGCAUAUGUACUUUACAAAAUCAAGUUCAUCACCUUCGUGUCAAGCUAAAGUUUUCGGUAGUUAUUAAAUACUAUGCAAGAUGCAAUUAUGCUGGACAAUCGUCAAAACUGUGCUGAAUUUGUGAAUAUGCACAUAUGUGUGGAUAUCAAAAUUGGUCUGCCCUUGGAUUAAAGUUGGUUUUUUAUCUACCAAAAAGUGGAAGAACCAUCAUGAAGGCUACAAGAUGACCGAUAUUUGGAUUGGACAACUCGAUGGGAUCAUUAUUCUGAUAAGAUUCAAAUUAACUAACAAUCAUUAACAACUACCUUUCUGUAAAGCUGAUUUAGACAAAAGUAUAUUGUAAAUUACCAUGAUUUCUGCACUGUGGCUUGCCACCUUAUCAAUAUUCGCACUAUGCUUGUGGUAUAUCUUGGUUGAAAGGAACAAAUGGAAAAAUUCACCACCAGGACCGUUCAGGAUUCCUAUUUUGGGAAAUAUAUUCCAAGUUGAAUUAUUGGCACAUUUGAGCUUCUGCAAAUGGGCUGAUAAAUAUGGACCUAUCAUUCGAGUUGAUUUAGCCACUACAAAGACAGUUGUAGUUUCUGACUACAAAAUGGUAAAAGAGCUCUUCAAUGACCCUGCGUCUUCCGGAAGGAUGGAUUUUAGCAUGUUUGACUUUGUUUUAAGCGACAGAUUGCACGGAAUUGUAAACACUGAAGGCCAAGAUUGGGAAGAAUUGCGUCGUUUCACACUUCGUCAACUUCGUGAUUUUGGAUUUGGGAGGAACACGAUGGAAGAAUCGAUAAUGCUCGAAGUGACUGAACUUAUCGAAUGGUUGAAAGAGGUUGAGAAUAAACCGGUUGAAAAUGUUAAAGAAAAACUCACAUUUGCAGUGAUCAAUUCCGUUUGGAGUAUUUGUACAGGCGAAAGAUACAAACAUAAUGAUGCAGCUAUAUUGGAAAUGACAGAACGUGCAUUAAAGACAUUUGACAGCGUGAUGGAGAGAGGGCCAUUACUUCUAUUUGCACCAAUCUUAGGAAAACUCUUUCCGGUUUUGUCAGGCUACACGUUGGUUCGAGAAGCAGUGGAUGGUUUUGCAGAUUAUUUUAGAAAACCUGUCAACCAGCAUUUGAAAACUUUUUCACCCGAUUUCGAUAGGGAUUUUGCCGAUGUCUUUAUCAAAGAGAUCAAAAAGACGACUAACACCGAGUCCGCAUUUUAUGGAAAAUUUGGAGAGGAUAACCUCCUUGCUACAUUGGGGGAUUUAUAUUUUGCGGGUACCGACACAACCUCGACGACGCUUUCAUGGAUGAUUUUAUAUCUUUCAAAGAUGCCAGAAAUCCAGAAAAAGUUUCAAGAUGAAAUCGAAUCAAUCACAGGAAAUACUAAACCCGUGUCUAUUUCGGAUCGAGCAAACAUGCCCUUUACGGAAGCUCUAAUUGCAGAGACGCUUCGAUUUUCUUCCAUUACACCUUCAGGAGUGCAACACAAGGCGUUAAGAGAUAUCACAUUUCGAGGCUACACCAUUCCAAAAAAUACUGUCAUCACCUCAAACUUGUAUUAUAUUCAUCACGACCCAAAAGUCUGGGGUGACCCUGAAAAUUUCAGGCCUGAAAGAUUCCUAAGUCCCGACGGGAAAGUCUUCAAGAAACACGAAGCUCUGAUGCCAUUUUCUACCGGAAGAAGACAAUGUAUCGGAGAAUCGUUGGCUCGAGACAGCCUGUUCCUCUUCGCUACAAAUGUAUUUCAGAGGUUCUGGGUCAAAUUUGAUGAAAAUGGUCCCCAAAACGGAUUUGAUUCGAAAGCCUCGUUUACCUUCAUCAUAACUCCAAAACCUUACAGUGUAAUUUUUAAGGAUAGGUUGGCGUAAAUUUGCAGUUAUUUGCGUACAGAAUACUUAUUGGUACACUAAAUAAUUAUGAUGCGUACUGGAUGUAAAUACAAUUUGUAUCUAUACAUACAUACAUAUGUAAGGUUAAAAAUUAAAUUCGGAAUAAAGAUGUUUGAAGGA